AUGGCAGAAGCCAAGUCAUACGCAGGAAGUUGCCACUGUGGCCAAGCCAAGUACUCCUUUUCCCUCUCGCCGCCGAUUGAGGAACAGGAGGUCGUCCAGUGUAACUGCUCUAUUUGCCAUAUUAAUGGCUAUUUGCUUGUUUAUCCGAAAAUAGACGAUUUUGAGUUUCCGAGGGAGGAUACUGUGAAGGUUGCUUAUCGUUUUGGAUCCGAGCAGGUUCCCCAUUAUUUCUGUACGAAUUGUGGGACGAGCGUUUAUGCGAGAAGUACUAUUCCGCGUUUCAGUCAUAUUGUUGCAUUGAAUGUAUUACCCCCCUGG